AUGUCAGACCCACCGGUUCAAGAUACGUUGGUCCGUAUUCUUCUUUAUUUGGAGGGCCAGCGGACUACUGGGGGUGCUGCUACUGGAGAUUCUCACACUCAGGCGGGUCUGCACACUCCGAAGCAAGGACAGACUCUUGGGAUGCAGCCUGCCGCUGCUAUGGCCUCGUGUAUGGAUGGAUUUCGUGCCCCCGAGGGUAUUCCGAGGCCAGUUGCUUUACAGACAUUGACUCAUCGUGAUUUGGAGCUCAUUUGGAGGUUCCUGAAGAUGGAGCCACCCAGGUUUCACGGCGCCCGGGGUGAGGAUCUUCGCGAUGAUGCGAAGACUUGGUGGAGGUAUUAUGUGGAGAGUAGGCCAGUUGGUUCGCCUCCUCUCACUUGGCCUCAGUUCCAUCAGGUUUUUCUUGACAAGUAUGUACCUCGCCCCUUGAGAGAGCAGCGUAAAGAGGAGUUUACUCACCUUCAGCAGAGGGGGAUGUCUGUAGCCGAGUAUGAGGCUAGGUUUCUAUUUUUGGCGAGAAGGUUGUUGAUCAUGCUAUUAGUAUUGAGGCUGCCUAAGUCCGAGCUCAGGGAGGAUCAAGUGAGAAGAAGGCCCGUUAUCAGGGGCAGUAUAGUGGCUCUUUUAGUUACCGCAGUGGGGAGUGGAUAUGGGGCUGGCCAGUCUCAGGGAGGUACAUUUUUUAGGUCACCUGCCCAUGAGAGCCCUUCUAGAUCUUCAACCUCCAUUCAUCAGUCUUCCGAGCCUAGGGUUUUCUGGGGUUGUGGCAAUUCGGGGUACAUUUCUAGAUUUUGCCCUUGUGCUAGACAGAGUGGCGCUCAGCAGGGUUUCAGGUUUCAGGCUCCGAAGACUCCGGUGUCCACUGGUACCCGGGAUGGUUCUUCAGGGAGGGGUGGCACUCAGUCAGGCGGCGGUGGAUUUCAGUCAUCGAGAGGAGGACACCAGUCCGGGAGAGGUGGUACUCAUGGCUCCAGAGGUGGGGUACAUUCUGUUCAGUGCGGCCAGGGUGGCACGCAGUGUUAUGCUUUUACGGGUAGACCAGAAGCAGAGGCUUCAGAUGCUGUAAUCUUAGGUACUAUUUCUGUUCAUCGUCGACUGGCUUCGAUUUUAUUUGAUCCAGGAUCUACUUAUUCAUAUGUGUCUACUUAUCACUCUGUGGGUUGGGAUUUGACUUGUGACCAUUUUGACCUGUUUAUAUAUGUGUCUACUCCGGUUGGGGAUUCCGUGUUAGUUGAUAGAGUUUAUCGAAAUUGUCUAGUUACUUUCAUGGGGUAUGACACGUGGGUAGAUUUGAUGAUCUUGGACAUGUUAGACUUUGACAUUAUAUUGGGCAUGACUUGGUUAUCUCCAUAUCACGCCAUCUUGGAAUGUCAUGCCAAGAUUGUCACUUUGGCCAUGCCCGGGAUUCCUAGAUUAGAGUGGAGGGGUACUCCUAGCCCUGCCCCAAGAAAGAUUAUUUCCUACCUUCGUGCGAAGAAGCUGGUGGAUAAGGGUUGCUUAGCUUACUUAGCGCAUGUUUGUGAUACUAGUGCAGAUUCCCCGUCUCUUAAGUCGGUGCCAGUGGAUGGGCCGGUUGUGUUGAGAGAAUUGAAGGAGCAACUUCAGGGUCUUCUGAACAAGGGAUUCAUUAGACCGAGUGUCUCUCCUUGGGGUGCUCCUAUGUUAUUUGUGAACAAUAUAGAUGGUACUAUGUGGAUGUGUAUUGACUACCGACAGCUGAACAAGGUGACUAUUAGCAACAAGUACUUUAUUCCUCGCAUUGAUGAUCUAUUUGACCAGUUUCAGGCUUUUAUGACUUUGAUGAAUGGCAUUUUUAAGCCAUACUUGGACUCCUUCAUCAUUGUGUUCAUUGAUGACAUUCUGGUGUACUCAAAGAGCCGGGAGGAGCAUGAGCAGCACUUGAGGAUUAUCCUUGGUUUGUUGAAAGAGAAGGAGCUUUAUGCAAAAUUAUCUAAGUGUGAAUUUUGGAUGGAGUCGGUGGCAUUCUUGGGCUAUGUUGUGAUGAAGGAGGGGAUCGUGGUUGAUCCCAAAAAUAUCGAGGUAGUUAGAGAUUGGCCGAGGCCCACGACCGUGAUCGAGAUUCGUAGCUUUGUGGGGUUGGCCAGUUAUUAUCGCCGGUUUGUGAAGGGGUUUGCUGCUAUUGCGUCACCUAUGACAAAAUUGACUCAGAAGGAGAAGGGCAAGGUCAUCGCCUAUGCCUCGAGACAGUUGAAGGUUCAUGAGAGAAACUACCCUACGCAUGAUUUAGAGUUGUUGGCAGUGGUUUUUGCCUUGAAGAUCUGGAGACAUUAUUUAUAUGGGGUCCGUUGUGAGGUGUUCACUGAUCAUCGUAGUUUGCAGCAUGUGUUUACCCAGAGAGAUCUAAAUUCCAGGCAGCGUAGAUGGAUGGAGCUCCUGAAAGAUUAUGAUAUUACCAUAGUUUACCAUCCGGGUAAGGUGAAUGUGGUGGCAAAUGCCUUGAGUCGCAAGGCGGAGAGUAUGGGUAGCUUGGCGAGAUUUCCGAUGUCCGAGCGUCCCUUAGCCAUGGAGGUUCAGACUCUGGCUAACUGUCUUGUCCAAUUGGAUCUUUCACAUUCGGGUCAGGUAUUUGCUUGUCUUGAGGCGAGGUCGUCUCUCUUGAAGGAGAUUAGGACUAGACAGUUUGAGGACCCUCAGUUAUGUAAGAUUCAUGACAAGGUGUUGCGAGGUGAGGCCAAGGAGGCCGUGCUUAAUAGUGAGGGGUUUUUGAGGAUGAAGGGACGGCUAUGCGUUCCUCGGGUCGGUGAUUUCAUUCAUGUGAUACUGGAGAAGGCUCAUAGCUCCCGCUGUUCUAUUCAUCCAGACGGGUCUUAUAUCAUUCUCUGGGAUUCGGUAUUGCUAGAUGAGAAUCUGUCAUAUGCGGAAGAGCCUAUAGCAAUAUUAGAUAGGCAGGUUGGAAAGUUCCGGACCAAAGAAAUAGCCUCCGUGGAAGUUCAAUGGAAGGAUCGUCCGGUGGAGAAAGCUACUUGGGAGAUCGAGGCAGAUAUGCGGAGUAGAUAA